AUGCGUGACCAACCAGCCUCGGACCUGCCGUCCAGCCGCAAACAUCUAUCACAAUGGAGCACUUGGCGCUCGUCAGUAUGGUUCACGGUAUUGGUCUGUGGAUUCACGCUCUUCACAGACACAUUCCUUUACUCUAUGGCUGUGCCCAUUCUACCAUUCGCCCUGAUACAAAAGACCCAUAUCCCGGAACAAAACGUGCAGACUUGGAUUUCUAUCCUGUUGGCAGUGCACGGUGCAGGUAUUGCAGUGGCCUCCCCUAUCUGUGCGUGGUGGGCUGACCACAGUGCCACUCGAAAAUGGCCUUACUUGUUCGGACUCGUCGGGCUCUCGAGCGCUACCGUUCUGCUUGCCCUUUCAUCGUCCAUCACGAUGCUCGUCCUCGGUCGGCUACUACAGGGUCUCUCCGGGGCGGUUGCAUGGACGGUGCCUCUGGCAAUUGUGACCGACCGCGUGACAGUUGACCAGGUCGGCCCGUACCUAGGGUAUAUGACCAUCGGGCGAAGCAUUGGGAUGUCCGCCGGCCCACUGGUCGGCAGUCUUGUG